AUGUUUUCGUCUAUGGGAAAAUCAAGAAGCAGUCGUGACCCUCACCACCACCACACAGUGCUGAACUCCCCCAUCGUCGGAGGUGGUCAUGGCGGUGCCGGAUGCGUCGAGGACUGCACCACUGCGGAGGACCUCCUUGGAAUGGGACCUGAAAUUGGGGGGGGGGGGGGGAAUUCCAUUGAUAGAGGAGGCGACGAGCCGAGAAGCGUAGUCGUGGCGUUGGAGUCUGCGAGAGGAUAUGGAUCCAAGUCCAGGAUGGCUUUCGGGCGGCGAGGAUGGGGUUUGUGUCGAGCUUCCGCUGCAAGAUACGAAAUCCAUGGAGAAGUGUUACAGGGAGAUGGUUUGUGUCGAGUUGUCGUCGCGAGGAUCUAG